AUGCUGGGCCUCUACGUGCCCGACCGCUUCUCCCUGAAGUCCUCCGGGGUGCAGGACGGCCUGGGGCUCUACACGGCCCGCAGAGUCAGAAAGGGUGAAAAGUUUGGACCCUUUGCUGGGGAGAAGAGGAUGCCUGAAGACCUGGAUGAGAAUAUGGACUACAGAUUGAUGUGGGAGGUGCGUGGGAGGAAGGGAGAAGUUCUGUACAUUUUGGACGCCACCAACCCCAGACACUCCAACUGGCUGCGCUUUGUUCACGAGGCCCCCUCGCAGGAGCAGAAGAACUUGGCUGCCAUUCAAGAAGGAGAGAACAUUUUCUACUUGGCACUUGAGGAUAUAGAAACAGACACGGAACUUCUGAUUGGCUACCUGGACAGCGAUAUGGAAGCUGAGGAGGAUGAUCAGCAGAUUUUGUCAGUGACGAGUGAAGAGGAAGAGGAGAAUACAACAGGACAGCCAGCAGCUGGCAGGAAAGAUCACUGGGGCUGUGAAGAGGAGCAUGCCUGUUCCCAGUGCAAAUUGAGUUUCCCCAGUGAGGAAAUCCUUGCUGAGCAUGUUCAGACCCUGCACCAGAGGGCCACGGAGGAGAAAGAAGUUAAAUGCAAGAACUGUGGGAAGAAAUUCCCAGUCAAGCAAGCUUUGCAAAGACAUGUUCUUCACUGCGCAUCGAAAAGCAGCCCAAAGGAUUCUUCACGAAGUUUUCAGUGUUCUGUUUGCAAUUCUUCCUUCAGUUCAGCGCUGAGUUUUGAGCAGCACCAAAAGACUUGCCAGGGAAGUGCCAGGUUCGUAUGCAAAGCAGACAGCUGUGGAAAGAGACUGAAGAGCAAAGAUGCCCUAAAAAGACACCAGGAAAACGUCCAUGCUGGAGAUCCUAAGAAAAAGCUCAUAUGCCCAGUGUGCAAUAAAAAGUGUUCCACAGCCUCCCGCCUGCAGGAGCACAAGAAGAUUCAUGAGAUAUUUGAUUGUCAAGAAUGUAUGAAGAAAUUUAUUUCAGCUAAUCAGCUAAAGCGUCAUAUGAUUACCCACUCAGAGAAACGGCCUUACAAUUGUGAAAUUUGUCAUAAAUCUUUCAAGAGGCUCGAUCAAGUGGGUGCUCACAAAGUAAUACACAGUGAAGACAAGCCUUACAAAUGCAAGCUCUGCGGAAAAGGGUUUGCACACAGAAAUGUUUACAAGAAUCACAAGAAGACACACUCUGAGGAGAGACCAUUUCAGUGUGAGGAGUGCAAAGCUUUAUUCCGGACCCCAUUUUCCUUACAGAGACACCUGCUAAUCCACAACAGUGAAAGAACUUUCAAGUGCCACCACUGCGAAGCGACUUUUAAAAGGAAGGACACGUUGAAUGUUCACGUCCAGGUAGUCCAUGAGAGACACAAGAAGUACCGGUGCGAGCUCUGUAACAAGGCCUUUGUUACGCCUUCUGUGCUUAGAAGUCACAAGAAAACACAUACUGGAGAAAAGGAGAAAGUUUGCCCAUAUUGUGGCCAGAAAUUUGCCAGCAGUGGAACCCUGAGAGUUCACAUCCGCAGCCACACAGGUGAGCGUCCCUAUCAAUGUCCUUACUGUGAAAAAGGAUUCAGUAAAAAUGAUGGAUUGAAGAUGCACAUUCGAACUCAUACCCGGGAGAAGCCGUACAAGUGUUCUGACUGCAGCAAGGCCUUCAGCCAGAAGCGGGGCCUGGAUGAGCACAAGAGGACACACACUGGAGAAAAGCCCUUCCAGUGUGACGUUUGUGACUUGGCUUUCAGCCUGAAGAAAAUGUUGAUCCGACACAAGAUGACUCAUAAUCCCAACCGUCCCCUGGCAGAAUGCCAGUUUUGCCAUAAGAAGUUUACCAGGAAUGACUACCUCAAGGUGCAUAUGGACAAUAUCCACAGCAUAGCUGACAGCUGAUGGCACCCGGAACGCAAUUAAACCAUUCACAGGGGCUCCUAAUAGGAAUCCCAGAUUUUUCUUAGGUGAUCAACAUAACAGAAGCUGCUGAAAGUCACUGGCUGAGCUCAUAGUUCUUAUUUACCUAUUUUGGACUUUAUAGAUAUGCACAUAAACACAA